AUGCUCACUUCAUUCCACAAACACCUAUGGCCACCGCUUCUCAUUCACCUUCCUCCUCUCCUCCCCCUUAAUCUCAUCUUUUUCUUCUCGGUGCUUCUCUGCUCAAACCUGUACUUUGCUUCUGCCACUCCAUGUCUCAAUCUUCCCCUUUCUUCUCCGUUGCCCGAGCACAUGCUGGAGCAGGAGGGCGAGCUGCGGCUGCCGCUCUCCUGCUCCGUCACCCUGUUGCUCAGCUGCCACCUCGGAUUCAUGGCCUGAGGUACUACCCUUCAGCCAUUGUGUCACCUGCCAAGACACUGAACUCACACCUGAGCCUUCCCCAUGCCACAAUAUCCUCCUUUGCCAAUGCUGAUAAUGGCUCCAGCGGGCAAGCAGAUGCCACAGAGUCUGAGGAGGAGCAGAACGGGGAAUCUGAACUGUCGGAGAUGGCCAAGGCAUUCCAUAUAUCGCCCCGGAUGGCAAUGUCAAUCUCAGUGGUGAUUGCAUUUGCAGCGCUCACUGUGCCACUGGCGAUGCAGUCAGUGGUCUUCCAUGGGACGAACAAAAUGAAGGCACUGGCAUAUCUGACACUGCUUUCAGGGUUCUACAUGGCAUGGAACAUUGGGGCAAAUGAUGUGGCCAAUGCCAUGGGGACGUCAGUAGGGUCUGGUGCUUUGACACUCCGGCAAGCAGUGCUUACUGCGGCGGUGCUAGAGUUCUCUGGUGCAUUCCUUAUGGGCACCCAUGUCACCAGCACCAUGCAGAAGGGCAUCCUAGUCGCAUCUGUCUUCCAAGGAAAGGACUCUCUGCUCUUCGCUGGAUUGUUGUCAUCCCUCGCUGCUGCUGGAACAUGGUUGCAGGUUGCUUCCUCCUACGGCUGGCCUGUUUCAACUACACAUUGUAUUGUCGGGGCCAUGGUUGGUUUUGGGAUAGUAUUUGGAGGCGUAAAUGCAGUGUUCUGGAGCUCCUUGGCAAGAGUAUCUUCAUCAUGGGUCAUUUCACCAUUGAUGGGUGCUGCAGUCUCAUUUAUUGUUUACAAGGGUAUACGAAGGUUCGUAUAUAGUGCACCAAAUCCAGGUCAGGCUGCAGCUGCUGCUGCACCAAUUGCAGUUUUUACUGGUGUUACUGCAAUAUCAUUUGCCGCUUUUCCUCUCAGCAAGACUUUUUCAAUCGCUAUCCUGCAAGCAUUAGCAUGUGGCGCAAUAGGAGCCGUAAUCGUUAACAGAGUGAUCCAAAAACAGCUUGGUGACCUACUGUCCUCAGAAGCAGAAAAGAUAGCAUCUGCUGAUAAGGCAAAUGCUCAGCAAGUUGGAUUUCUUUCGGACAUAGCUGGACCAACAGGAGCUCAAUUGCAGAUUGUAUAUGGUGUAUUUGGAUACAUGCAGGUCUUGUCAGCAUGCUUCAUGUCAUUUGCUCAUGGAGGCAAUGAUGUCUCCAAUGCCAUAGGCCCCCUGGCGGCAGCUUUGUCCAUUCUUCAAGGUGUAGCAAGCAGUGCUGAGAUAGUCAUACCUACUGAAGUCCUUGCUUGGGGAGGUUUUGGAAUUGUUGCAGGGCUUACAAUGUGGGGUUACAGGGUCAUAGCAACAAUUGGCAAGAAAAUCACCGAACUAACACCAACUAGAGGUUUUGCAGCAGAGUUUGCAGCAGCUUCUGUAGUAUUGUUUGCAUCAAAACUUGGAUUGCCAAUAUCUGCUACACAUACACUUGUUGGUGCAGUGAUGGGAGUGGGAUUUGCAAGAGGGCUCAAUAGGGUCAGAGCAGAGACAGUGCGUGAAAUUGUGGCCUCCUGGUUAGUCACAAUUCCAGUUGGUGCUGUGUUAUCUAUCUUCUACACAUUGCUCUUCACAAAGAUUCUGGCAUACUUUAUGUGAGUGAUUGUGAAAUGUAAUUAGUGUUUUGAGAGGUGUACAGCCCAUUGCACUUCAUAAAAAUUUCCGCAAUGGCAAAGAGAUAGGCUGACUCCAAAAAGUUUCGACCAUAAAAUUUUUCAGGAUUGGCCAGAGUAAAUAAUCAUUUCUUUGGCAACAAAACACAUGAUUAGGUAAAAAGCUUUUACAGCCAGUUACAAUGUUACAUACUCCAGCUUGUUCGUCCGUUUAUCUCUAAUGUACUGCCUUGUAUCUUUUGUUUUAUAUCACAAGGUGGACCAUAAUAAUUUCUUGUAGAGAUACAAUUAUACAUAAUAGACAACAAUGGUUCUUCUAUC